UCUAGAGCUAGAUCUAGAGUCAGACAACAUAAAAACGAUUUAGAAUAGAUCUAGAUGCACGCAAGUACAAUAUAAACUCUGUAAACUUUUAAAACAAAGUGAAGUUAGUUGAAAACUUUUGCUUUGACUACUUCUGAUCUGUACCUGGACAUUUUAUGAGCCCCUUGACGCUUAGCACUAAAUCUAGCACUACCUUUAGCUGCGGAUAAAGACAUGUUUGGAAAAUGCUUCAUUGUCCUGGCGUUGGCGGUGACCCAGUCUUUCUCUGAAGUGGAGGAGCACUGGCGCUACGAAAAGAUUAGGGCUGCUUACUUGGCCAUAUCCAUGCAACAAAGCGAGGAACAGUUUUACGAUUACCGUUUAGUAACAUUUAAAACUGAGCAUCUUGUAGAGUUUCGACAUGAUAACAUCACACAAUUUGUUCAAAUGGAACUUGACGAAGAAAACAACCAACUGCUGAUUGGGAGCAGUGAUUACAUCUACCGACUAAAUCUGAACGAUCUGGCAGCGCUACAGAUAGAGAAGUGGGUCGCCCCAAAUGAUGCUGUCUCCCUUUGUCACAUUGACCAGAGAGUGAAAUAUUGCUCGAACUUUAUUGUGAUCCUGAAGACAGUUCAAGACAAGGUGCUGACUUGUGGUACUCUGGCGUCUGCACCGAUGUGUUUGUACAGAAAUAUUACUGAUUUGGCGACAGUCAUCAGCAACAUAAGUCGGGGUGCCGUCUGCCCGAUGUCACCCAGCUAUCUCUCCACAGCAGUCCUCACGUCUGAUCAGGAUUUGUACUCGGCGACCUUCACAGAUAAAAUUGGAUUAAAUCCCAUGAUCACACGUAUUUCAGCAGACCCAGACGUGAAAUUAUUGUUGGGGAAAGCAAGAGACUCUUAUUGGUUUAACGAGCCAAGCUUUAUAGCGUCUUUUGAGCUGGAGGAUUACGUUUAUUUUUUUCUGCAAGAGACGUCUGUUGAGUGCAGUAACUGCGGUGAGAAGCUCGUUUCAAGAAUGGCCAGAGUUUGUAAGAAAGAUCCAGGCGCCAACAUCCUGAGGCCAUAUAGACUGUUUGCCAGUUUUUCCAAAGCGAGGCUGAACUGCUCGCUGCCUGGUGACGUUCCUUUCUAUUUCGAUCAAAUUCAGUCGGUGUACCUUCAACGGGAAGAGAAAAUCUUUUAUGCGAUAUUCACAGCGCCACCGAUGCCAGGCAGUGCAGUGUGUGCCUACAACAUGUCUGCUAUCGAUAUGACGUUUGGCGGGUCCUUCAAGUUCAGGAAGAGUCUGGACUGUAACUGGGAGAAGAUGACGUCAUCUUAUUCAAAAUUGUGCGGCAGCCCUGAGCCGACCGGCAAGCAAAUCAACGACGCCUCUGACCUUAUCUUCAUGAACGACGAGGUGCAGCCCACACUAGUGGGCCCAUUGAUAGUGUACGACUAUGACAAGGACGGAACUCGUCACAACUCCUCCAAAUCGUGCAGGUGGAACAACAUUGAAGUGGACAGGGUCGCCACCAAGAACGGUAACAUAACGGUCAUCUUCGUGUCCUCCUCCAAGGGCUACAUCAAGAAGCUUAUGGUCCUUCCUCGGGGGAACACCGCCUGCCUGCUCGAGUGCAUCCGGUUAACGGAAGAUGGCAUGUCGGAAACCCUCUUAAAAAUGAAACUCUCCAAGGCCAAGUCUGCUUUAUACGUGGCGAUGGAAACUAGAAUUAUCAAGCUUCCUCUGAGUAGGUGUAAGAAGCAUAGAACUAAGUCGGCUUGCAUCAGUGCUCGGGACCCGUACUGUGGAUGGGACUUGGGCAAGAGUAUGUGCACCUCAUUGUCUGAGAGCAAAGAGGACACCUUGGAACAGGACAUCACCAAGUGUCCACUCUUAGAAUUGCCUGUGGACGGCGGUUGGUCAGGGUGGAAUGAUUGGUCGAUGUGCUCGUAUACGUUAAAUGACAUCUUAAUCCAGAAAUGUAACUGCAGAAACAGGGAGUGCAACCAACCCAGACGGGCCUUUAAUGGCCUAGACUGUUUCGGACACCGGACCGAAAUAGCCAACUGCUCUGUUAUAAACCUACCAGACUCGCACGGAAGCACUAGAGAUCUGACGUACUAUAAUGUGUUAACUCCUCUAGCUCUAUGGGUGUCAUACAGAAACCUGCAACUCAUUUGACUGACUGAGAAGAUAAUGUACAGGCUGGCCAAAUCAACGAAAGUAUUUUGUUUCUAAAUGAAAGCCCCCCCCAAAAAAAAGGGAAAUAACUUUCUUGAGAAUGUAGAAAUUUCGAAGAAUGUAUAUUUUCGUGGUUAUAUCCCUUUGACUAUUCGUGAACCUCAACCAUAAAACCUGACAUUUUGUUAAUUUUAUAAUUUAGAGUUAAGACAAGAUUUAGACUGAUAAUUUAUUUAAACAAAUAAAAGUAAAAAAAAAAAUAUA